AUGUCCAAUGGUCAACGAGCAGGGGUAUUGACAAAAGAACAAAUCAAAGCAGAAGCAGAACGAGCACGUAAUGCAGAAAAGAAAGCCAUGGAGAAAAUGCAACAAGAAAGCCAAGAAGAGACAGUAUAUCGUGAUGCUUCUGGUCGUAAAAUAGAUCCCAAGAAAAAGAGAGCCGAGGAAAUGAGGCUUCGACAAGAAAAGAUUGAUAAAGAAGCCAGAAAGAUGGAAUGGGGCAAAGGUUUAGUACAAAGAAGAGAAGCUGAAGAAGAAAGAAGACGACUUGAAGAAGCAAAAGAUAAGCCUAUGGCCAGAUAUGCUGAUGAUCAAGAGUUAAACCAGGAACUUAAAGAACAAGAGAGAUGGAAUGAUCCUGCAGCUGGAUUCUUGACUAAAAAAUCAGGUAGCACAUCUUCAGGACCAAGGUUUAUUAAGCCUACUUAUAAGGGUGCAUGGAAGCCUAAUCGUUUUAUGAUUCCACCUGGUUAUCGUUGGGAUGGCGUGGAUCGAUCCACUGGAUUUGAAGAUCAACUGCUAAUACAUCAAAACCAAGCAAAGUCUUUAGCUGCCCGCGCUCAUGAAUGGUCAACAGAAGAUAUGUAA